AUGGCCCUUAUCGUGAUUUUUUUUUUUUUUUCAUAAAAUACGUAGCAGUUUUAUUGACAUUCUUUAUUACUUCCUAUUGAAAUUCGAGCGUUUUCGAAGUGAAAUGGUAAUUUUUUUAUUCUACACGACGAAAUAAAAUUUUCGAAACCUGGAGACUUGCACAGAACGACUGCGUUUGAAAUUUCUAGGGGGGAAAAAAAGGACAAUUUUAGUCAAUUUAUUUAGUCUAUUUAUUGUUAGGAAAUAUCGCAAUACUCCAACAAAUGCAAAAUAAUUUAUUACUCAGAUUUUUCUUCGCUCUUUUCGUCCGUUCCUUUGGCUUCGUUUUAUGUUUCUAUAUACGUGACUGUAUCAGAGGAAGGCUCGCGUGUGCGUGUGGAGCAGGCAGAUAAGAUUGAGCUUACUGUCGGCCGCUUAUCGCGACGCUCCGAUGACGCUGACGACGCUUGAGAACGAACCUCUCGGCGAAUCAAAUUGUCGACAAACUGUGUACACACAUUCACUGCAUUCACGUUGGCGAUCUGAAAUCGAAGACGAUCCCGAGAAGAAACGGUCCAACUUUCACUUCUCUGGCGCCGGGAAAUUGCGAGAUACGGAAUUUGCACGGAUAGAAUCUAGAGGGAAAUCUUGCUGUUUUCGAUGGGUCGACUCGACUGAAUAUCGAUGGGUUAAUCGCUCAAGACGGACGAGUUUCAUCGAUUCUUCAAACACUGCGACGGGAAGUAUAGUCGAGAAACGAAGUCGUUGGACGAGUACCAGUUGAGAUCUGACAAAUUGUGUGGCUCUUCCAGUGCGCCAUCACACACACACACACACACAC